UUUUUGUGCUGCGUUAAUCUGACCGCAGUGUUGGCGAUUAAACACCAUUUUUCGUCGCGUUCCUAAUUGUUUAACGAGUGUAAAUCACACAAAUACAGAAGUACACACAUUUAGGUGUAGGCUGCUGGUAAUUUGGGGGACGAACGCCGAGGAUUUAUCGGUCAAAUCUAAUUUUCAGACCCAAUUUGAGGCUACGCCGGGGGUGGUGCGCCAUUACGGUAAGAGCCUAUUUUGUUAUGCAAAUGAGAGGCCGCCAUUUGGUCGCUGACGAAGCAAGGCAUGGCCUGUGAGAGCCAAGCCUAGAACGAGAAACAAGCUUGACCAGUACAUCAGACUUCUGUGAUCUAGUCUUUAACUCCAGUCCGUACUUCGGCUCUCAUAAUGGCAGACACCGAAAAUGCCGCAUCCAGUAGCACAGAGCAGCCACAGAGACAGAAAGUCAAGGCUGAGAAGGAGGCUAAGGAAAAGCCAUCUGAAGCGGGGGCAGAGCUGGUUGAGGAACCCAAGGAGGACGGCCAAGUUGCUGAUGGGGAGGAUGUGGACUUGAUGGUACCUCAAGGGGAGAAACUGGAAGAAGAAGAUCCUCCAGAUAUUCCAAAUGUUGAAGCAGAAAAAUCAUCAGAAAACGGUUCCACGUCCAUGUUGCCUCCAGAUGAAAUGCCUACUCUUGAAAAAUCCGACGCAGACCCUCCCAAAGACGAGACCACCAAAGAUAGUCUGGAGACAUCAGAGGGAGGCAUUAACGGUGACGGGAAUGGCAGCGAUGAGGUCAAAGGUGAAAAGGAAGGGGAGGAGCCUGAGGGCGAUAGUGGGGAGGGAAUGGAGUGCAUAGAAUGGAACGAAGACGGAAUAGGCGUCCUUCCUGGUAGUGACAUGAAGUUCAAGAUGAAUGAGUUUGGAGUCCUGGAGCUGAUUAUGGAGGCAGACCCCCGCAGUGAGUCCGUUGAACCCAGCCCCAGCCCCAGCCCCACGCCCACGCCGGCCAGUGAGGCAGGAAGUGACCUAUCCAGCGAACGGUCAGCAGUCUUCACCAACGAUAAAAAAUACAACUCUUCACUAGAGGACCUUCAGAAGGAACCGGGCAGCAAGCCAUUGGUAUGUGUCUGUGAGCAGUGUUUGAAGGAGGGACCCAUCGCAGAGUUCUGCAAGUCUGGUCGGUUCUGCAGCCAGUCCUGCGUAGGAGCUUACGCCAGCAAGCAAGGAUCCUUGCGUAAGGACUCGGAGAAGAAAAAGAGUUCAAACAUGAUGCUGAAGAAGAAAGUUGGACGUAAACCCAAGAGUCCCGGCCCUGAGGGCAAGGCUCAUCUCCAUGGGGAUCUGAAGAUGACCAUCAACAUCAAAGGGAUGGAAAAAUCACCCGUCGCAAUUAAACCAGGCAAGAAGAAAGGCUUCACAUGGAGCACAUAUCUACAGCAGGAGCAUGCACUGGCUGCCCCAGCCAAGUACUUCAAAGAUGCUUUCCCCAUCGGCAAGAACAACUUCAAGGUGGGCAUGAAGCUGGAAGGCAUCGACCCCAAACACCCAUGCCUCUUCUGUGUCCUGACGGUAGCGGAAAUCCGUGGCUAUCGCAUCCGGUUACACUUCGACGGCUACUCCGAGUGCUACGACUUCUGGGUCAACGCGGACUCCCUGGACAUUCAGCCAGCCGGCUGGUGCGAGAAGACCAACCACAAACUGCAGUAUCCAAAGGGCUUCAACGCUGACAAUUUCAGCUGGAGCUCCUACUUGAAGAUGACCAAGUCCCAAGCCGCCCCAAAGACGCUCUUCAAAAGCUACGAAAAUGACUGCCUGACCCCGCAGGGAUUCCGCAAAGGAAUGAAACUCGAGGCUAUCGACAAGAAGAAUCCUUCCCUCAUCUGCGUUGCCACGGUGACAGACAUCAUGGAGAGUCGUUUCCUGAUCCAUUUCGAUGCCUGGGAGGACAUGUAUGAUUACUGGUGCGACUCGUCCUCACCUUACAUCCAUCCUGUUGGGUGGUGCGAAGAGAACGGGAAAAUCUUGUCACCGCCAAACGACUAUGAAGACAUAGCUAACUUCACAUGGGCCGACUACUUAGCAAGAACCAAGUCUGUUGCCGUGCCAACCAGAGCAUUCAAACCGCGGCCGCCGGUCGGUUUUGAAAUCGGCAUGCGUCUGGAAUCGGUAGACGUGCGCAACCCAUCCCUCAUCCGUGCCGCCUCUGUAGCUGAGAUCGACGGUCACCGGCUCAGGAUACACUUUGACGGCUGGACGGACGACUACGACUUCAUGUUGGAUGAUGACAGUCCUGAUUUACACCCAGUGGGUUGGUGUAAUAAGACGGUGCACGCACUGGUGCCACCCAUACGCCCCUCCCAGCUGGUCUCAAACCAAGGGCCAGCCAGCUGCCCAACACCAGGCUGCAAUGGAGUGGGUCAUAUCAAAGGGGCCAAGUACACUGGGCAUCACAGUGCCUUUGGAUGUCCCUACUCCCUCCUCAACAUGGCCAAGGAAUCGCCCAUAAUUGACCGGCUAUACUCCGGCUCCAAGUCACUAUCCAAGGACGGGAAGAAGUCCCCAAUUGAAUCACCUGAAAUAAAGAAAUGCCCGACCCCAGGCUGCGACGGCUCCGGCCACGUGACGGGCAAAUACUCAGGCCACCACAAGCUGUCAGGCUGCCCUCUUAAUGAGAAGAACCUGAACAUAGUGAACGGUGACAGCAAGUCAGCAACCCCUUCACCAUCGCCAAGCCCCAGGGGCCCCGGACGCCCACCGCUACCCCUGGCACUUGGGAGGGGCAAACGAAAACAUAAAGGCACACCCCUUAUCUUGCUCCAAAAGAAGAAGAAGAAAUCCCACCAGGACAAAGAUGAAAAGUCAUCCAAGACCAAUAACCUCCAUCAUCAGCUGCACCAGUCCGUCUUCAUGUCUGCUAUGUCACCCAACCCGGCCAAGGACCUGCCCUUAUGCUGGGAGCAACACUCCAAGCUCUUGCCCGGCCUGGCCGACCUGUCUCGCAGCGCCGUGGCCAAGUGGUCUACCGAGGAGGUGGCUGACUUUGUCAAGAAGCUGCCGGGGUGCGGGGAGCACGCAUCCAAGUUUGCCGAUGAACAAAUUGAUGGCGAGGCCUUCCUACUCCUUACCCAGACAGACAUUGUCAAGAUCAUGACGAUCAAACUCGGGCCAGCGCUCAAGAUCUACAACGCAAUUCUCAUUCUGAAGAGCGCUGAAGACGUUUGAGCAAAGCUUUCUGAAACAUCUCAUCCACAGACUCAGAGAAAACGAUUCUGAGACAGAAUUAAGGCUCCUUCUGUGAAGUGAAGACUGUAUUAUGUUGAGGGAUGGUUCCUUGCAAGUUUAUAUGUCAGGAUAGAAUCUUAUGCUGCAGAUUCCUUAACCAGUUUGCGUCGGAUGACGUGUAUACCCGCAAAAGUUUUGCGAUAUUCGUAACGGAUGACGGAUAAACACGCCUGGAGCGAGGCCGGAAACAUCUGUCAGCGACCCACUUGCAGCAAGCGAGGCCGGAAAUAUAAGUGUGCUGCCCGAUGGUUGGCUUCGUCCCGCCUGGCUUGAGGUCGAGUGAAAAGUAAACGUUACAUUCUUGUUAAAACAAUCCCAGCGUGGACUGGUUAAUACCGAGAUGACUGAGAGAUACAGGAAUAUUUGUGUAUAGUUUUCAAAGGAAUUCAUCGAUGAUGAACGUUUAACUGUGACAUACUUCACUCGUACUACUGUGUUGUUGGCAGUACUCCAUGAAGACAACUUAUGAAAUACUAAGCUAUAAACUUAAA